AUGGGUAGCACUGCAAUCAGCAAGCAUCUGGUUCGUCUUCCUCAAUAUCGUGGUGGGAGGGCGCAGCAGCAUCAUCAGGUGCAGGUGCCGAAAGGGUGCUUAGCUGUGAAUGUCGGUGAAGCAGGCGGUGAGCAACAAAGAUUUGUGGUUCCAAUUAUCUGUUUUAACCACCCGCUCUUCAUGCAGCUGUUGAAGGAGGCCGAAGAAGAGUAUGGGUUCGAACAGAAAGGCACCAUCACCAUACCUUGUAACGUCCACCACUUUCUUACUGUCAUCAGCCGCAUCAUCCACCACCACCACCACCAACAAUAUUGGUGCUUUAGGGUUUAA